GCCUGGAAUUAUAUUCAUGGUCGUAUGAAGGAGCAUGAUAAGGCUAUGAUUGAAGGGCAUACGGGUGAUAUCGACAGCUUGCUGAUAUUUGCUGGACUGUUCUCAGCUGUGCUGACAGCGUUUCUGGUUGAGACAUAUUCCCAGCUCCAGAUUGACACGGGGCAAGUCACGGUUCAGAUUCUACUCGAUAUCUCUCAGCAACUUCACAACGUGUCUGAAGGCCAGGUUGCGCUGCCAACAAACGCUACGGCUACUAUAAACCACUUCGCUCCAGACCCAUCCGUCGUCGUGAUCAAUUGUCUAUGGUUUCUCAGUCUCAUCGCAGCCUUGUGUUCAGCGCUGCUGGGCAUCAUCGUCAAACAAUGGUUACGGGAAUACUCGUUAUGGACUACCAUCGCGCCGGUCGAACACGCCGUCCACCUUCGA